AGAACUCACUCUCUCUUAUUGUAGAGUUUAUUUUAUUUUAUUUUAUGGGGGUUGUUUACGAAAGAAACAGUUCGUCGCCUUCGAUCUCAAGAGUGGAAGAACUUGCCGAAUGUACCAAAAGGAGAAGUAUUAAAAUUAGACUUCGAGUGGGAGCUAGGGUUGCGCCGAGGAGCGGAGAGACGCACUGAUCGACUUUCUGGAAUUGAAGAACGCAGUGCCAGAGGUCAUGGACGUGGAGCUGAAUAAUCAGUUAGAGGAUGAAAAUGAGAAUGAUUCUUUGUUUGAAGGAAUGGUACUCUUCGACCCUUCCGAGUACCCAAUCCAAAUCCUUCCCACCCCCGAAGACCAAGAUAGUGAUCAUCCUGGUCCAGAUAUCUCUAAUCAGCCUCACCCCCUCAAUUCCCCAGCCGAUAAAGUUACCACUACUGCCAGUAAUUCAGCUUCUUCUACGGUAACGAUGCCUACUUCAUCUUCUCAUCUUUCUGAACCCCUCGACGAGGACCUCUUUUCCGACCUCACGCUCGUCACUACCAGUUCCAUGCAUAAGGGCCAAGCUAAACACCAAACUCAAUUCCAGUUAGAUCAGAAUUCGUUGCAGAUCACCGAUCCUUCUCAAGUUGCCACAAUUAUGAAUACCCCUGGUUCGGCUGUAGGAGAAGCAACGGAGAGAGACCGAGGAGUCGUCUCAAUCUCUCGACAGAUUUCAAGAAGGAAAAGGAGACCUGGUUUGCGAAUUGGCUAUGGCAGAGAUGCCCACACCCCAAAUCCCUCUCCCGAUCUUAAUUCUCCGAAUUCCAAUAAUCACACUCAUGACGACGAUGACAAUGACCAGGACCCUGAUGCUUUAUCUAAGAUCCAACCAUCUGCUUCUCCACCACAGACUUUAAGCUCUCAUAGUUCUUCAGUUGACAAAAUGGAAUCCCCUAAUUUUGUAUCUCAAGAAGAUGUCAUAAUGGGAUCUCCAAAUCAACAAGAUGCUAAUCGACUUGAAAAAAGUAGCGUUGAGACUGAAGUGUGCAAUUCACCCGAGUUUAAAUUGGAGCAAGUUAGAAUCCAGAUCUCUGAGAACCUGACUUCUGCUCGUAACUCGGUCGCCUCUGUAUCUGCCUCUAGGAAGGAUGUUAUCCAACGGAGACGCAAAAUUAUGGAUAAUCUUAAAAUUUCAUUAGACAAGUACUCCAAUCUUGAAAGGCAGUUAGAGGAAGCAUGCGAAGCCGAAGAUUUUGAAACCGCAGAAAGGCUCAGCGAGAGCCUAGCUUCUGCUGAGGGAGAAAAACAAGCCUUCCUCAACGAACUAAAAGAUGUUGAAGCCUUAUUUGAUGCAAUGGAUUCCAGAAUGCACGAGGUUCUGGACUUCUUGAUUGCGACGGAGGAAAAAUGUGAUUCUCUGCUCCGAACUUUUGCUACGGAUGCUGCAAAUGAUGUUGUCUUGGGCUUAAAUACUGCAGAGGCAGAAUCUGCAAAAGAACUGGAAAAGUGGCAUUUGUCAAAUGAAGUCUUGGAGGCCAAGAAGAUGGAAACUGAAAUCGAGUCACUUAUUAUUCAAGAGUCUUGCAUGGUUUUGAAUGAUUCUGUUGAACUUUUGGUCGAGGAUGACAAAAGAGAGAAAAAUGUUCUUUGUCAAAGAAAGGCCGUGUUGACAGAUGAACUUGAGAAAUUACUAGCUUUGGUGGAAGAAAAGAAGAGGGAGAUAGAAGAAAAUGAUUCUCUGAUUGAUGCUGUUGAGAAAAGAAUUUCCGUCGCAAUUUCUGGUUUUCAGCAUGUACAUUCAAACAUGGAUGCGAAAUAUGAUUCCUUACAAUCGACCCUCUCCCAAUUGCAGUUAGAAAGUCAAUCUCUUUCAGUUAAAAGAAGGGAAAUUGAUGAGUUUCUCAAUCUGGAAAAGGACAAAGGAGAGCAGUUGAAGAAAAUUGCUCAACUUUCCAUAGAAGACGCAGAAGCAUACAGAGAAAUUGCUAGGCUGAGAAAAUUUCUGAUGUCUAACAUCUUGAAAACAAGGGAAGAUAAAGCUAGUCUUUCUCAAUCUGAAGAUAAGCUCUCCAAGGAUGUUCAAAUGCUACAGCAAGAGUUUCAUUCUGCAAGUUCUUCUCUCCAGGAAUUAUCUUCAAGAAAAUCAAACAUCCAGCAAGACAUAGUUUCCUCAAAACAAAGAAUUUCUUUCAUUGACAAGAGAGUACCUGAGUUGGAAGCGGAAAAGAAAGUUGCUGCUGCCGGUAGAAAUUUCAAAGAAGCUGCUCGAGUUGCUGCUGAGGCAAAAUCUCUCAGUAAUGAAAAAGAUAGCAUCUGUAUUGACAUAGACAGAGCUUUAUUAGACCUGGAGAAACUUGAGGAAAAGACAAGAGACACAAUGAAAUGGUUGCAGGAGACUGAGGUUUCGAUUCAAUCGAAGGAAAAAGAAGUAGCAAAAGCUAGAUUCCAGAGGUUGCUUUUGAUUGCUGGCGCAGCAGCCGCAGAAGGAGCUGCUGCUCUGGAGUCGGGUGACACUGGAGAAGCUAACCUUCUAUUGGCAGAGGCUGAAGCAGCUCGUUGUGAAGCCAAGAAACUUCAGCCAAUAUAUAAUUUCCAUGAGGACGAGCUUUCAACUAUUCCUAAACACUUCAUCUCUGCGGAACUUGUGUUCAAUCUAGGUCGUGAGAAAUUAGCAGACUUGGUAGCAUCCAUUUGUCAUCCAGAAAAUUGAGUUUUCGAUGAUGUGUAGUUUUGGUGCUUGUCAUUGAAUGAAGGAGCUCGACAAUGGGAAUAUUGGUGUUUGUUAUUCAUUGAGUAUCACAUAUCUCAUCAGUGGUGCAGGAGCUCGUCCAGCCUGACUCGAGAUUUUCUCCAAUUCUUGUAUCAUUAAAGUCGCUGUCGUGAUGUAGACGCAUGCAGCUUCGUAAUGCCACAUCUUUUUGUUGUUUCGUUUUGAGUUUGAUUGACACGGGAGCUUCAUCAGAAAGGAAGAAUUUGGAAGUGACAUUACUGAUCUACUUUCUGUUCAAAGCUGAGAUUUCAGAAUGCAGCAAGGUUUGGAUGGAAGCUGGCAGAACCCUUUGCGCGUUAACCAAGUUCUUUGACUAGAGAAAGCUCUCUAUGUGCCCCAGGAAGGACAACGAAAGUGAUCUGAAUCCUGCUGGUCUCUUCUCUUCCAGGUUUGGAACGAGUGUACAUGACAUGCAAUGUGUUCAAGUGUAUUUACUCUUUUGUCUUUUCUGUUUCUGGAAAUGCGUUUUUUUUUAAUCCUUGAUGUCGGAGAUUGGUGUUUAUUUGGUUUUCUGAGAUUUCAAAAGAGAUAUUUUUAAUUUAUGAGGUUUUAGAAA